AAGCAAAAUCGCAUUUAAAAUAGGAUUUUGAGGGAUUGUUUUAACAUUGAAAUAUGUACAUGUGUUUAUAGGUGCAACAUUUAACGCAGCAACAAAGAAGCAGUCUUGACAAGUAUGGAUUAUUGUCUGUACCAUUACCUGCCAAUCAGUGUCGAGAACAAGUGAGCAAUACAGGUGGUACUAGCAGUGCAUUACUUGCGAAACAACGAAGUUUUGAUGUAGCAGAGAAUAGAGAAGGCGGAACAUAUGGGUUCAGUGGGCAUGAAAACCGCUCCACAUCGCGCCAGAAAGGCCAGAGUCAACAGCCAUUACCAACACCUCUAGCACGUAGUUACAGUUUCAUGCAGCGACGUGAAAAAUAUCAGCAGUACCAAGACGAAGAUGAUUCCAUGCAUGAGAAAUACUUUCUUGGAACAUCUAGCACUAGUGGUGGCGCGGUUGGUAGUGGAGGUGGCACAGGUGGUGUCUCAUCUGGUGGAGGGAUGCGUUCUGUAGAGUCAACACCUCAAACACGACGGAAGUAUGGUGGAGGGGGUACAAGGCAGCCAACUAUGACAGGAGGAAAUUCAGGUGUAGGAAAGACAUCAAAGGAUGCUGGGGAUCAUACAGCUAAAGAUGAUCUUGUCAAUAUAUCAACGCCCCUCAUGCAUCGGAAAACAAAAUCUGAGCCCAGGUAUCGAGAUCAGUUGCAACUACAACAGCCCCAAAAGAAACAGUCCCAUAAGUACAAUGCACUUGGUGAACAUAUUGCAGCAUCAGCUACAUCUAGUAAGACUCAUACUAAUGAUGAUAAUUCAUCCAGUGAAGAUCCUACUUCUAGCCCAUCCCCUUCAUCACCAGCAACCACAUCUCCAUCUAGUCCCGCUGCCAUUGUUCGUGGCAUCAAGAAAUCAGUACAGCCAAACCCCUUUGCUUCCAUUGAACCUCCACCAUUGACAAGACACCGUUGCACCACGUUAACAGAAGGAUCGGAUGUUGACGCAGUUCUGAGUAGUGGUAAGGGACCAACUUCGUAUGACGAUUUGAUAUCUGUUUCUACCGGCCAGCCUGAGCAUCUCAACAAGCUGUCUCAGCCUACUCAGCAGUCAUCCAGAGAAAACUCUACUGCUAAGAAUGCUGGUUACAACAAUGGUAAUCCAACAGUGGGCAAGUUUCCCCAUGGUAACGUGGAUAACAACAAAGGACUGGUAUGCAGUGGGGGGCCGGUUGGUGGAGGUCCUCUGUACAGUAACCUAGGAGACUACCCACCAUACAUUUUUGAUCCUGAGACUCAAGCACAUCUUCUGCCUCUUCAGCAGUACAUUCUUGAACAAGCUAAACUGUCAGGCUGUUACAGGUUUGGAGAUCCACUCAAUGAGGAGGCAGACUCCCUUCAUUCGGAUGAUGAGGACCAUUCGACUGGACGGGGUGAGGAUGACAGUGAUGAGUUUGCUGACGAUGAGGGUAUGUCCAAUCAGGAAGAUUCCAGUUCACAGGAAUAUCUUGAUGACAGCAAUUAUUUAGACGAUGAUGAUGAUAGCAGUCAUCGAGAAACAUAUAGUCAGUUCCUAGCCCCUCAGCCUCCACUCAGAAUACGAUCAAAGUACACUUCAGACUGUCGAAAUAGUUCAGAUUAUGUAGACGGCGUGACAUACUACAAUACGAACCUUACAGCCGGUACGACAUUAACGGCUUCCAGCCUCCAACAGCACCAACAGUCCGCACAGUGCAGAGGAAGUGGAGGAAUAGCUGUUGGAGCAGCGGCUGGAUCAGUGAGCAGUGGCAUACAUCACCCUUCCAUUUCUUUGCCUAACAAUGUUUCUGUGCCACUGGAAACGCAGCAUGCGUCGCUUAAGAGGAAGAAAGAAGCGCCUCCUCCUCCAAUGUUGUACUCACCUAUUCUUGAGAAAUCAGAGUUCCAGCUUAGUCCAGUGCCCCAUACUUUACCGGUGCCCAUUCCUUGUUAUUGCCAUGGGUCAAGUAAUGACAAUGGUUAUGCUAAUAAUUAUUACCGCCCCUUGUCGCUUCCUGCACCCUCCCGCACUGAGGUCGACCCUACUACCAACACGGAAAUAAUUGCAGGGUCGCUGCAGUCGACGCAUCUAGUUCUGAGCCGUGAGAAAAAGCUCCCUUCAGAAAGUGACAUAGAGAAAUAUGCCCAAGAUAACCUCAAUAUCCAUAAGAAAGGCAUAUUUCGUAAAAAGUUUUCUGUGCACGAUAUGCUGUCAUGGUCAAAGGAUCCCAUACGAAAACCAAUGUUGGUGAUUUCAGAUAAGGCUUUGAAAAAGGAUGCCUGUGAAUUAUUCAAGCUUGUACAGAUAUAUAUGAGCGAUCGUAAAGCCAAACUUGGGAUGACUCUUAAUAGUGUAGCACUGGAAAUCUGUAAUUAUGGCUAUUCCAAAGCUGGACUUAGGGAUGAGCUAUAUAUCCAGAUUUGCAGACAGACCACAGAAAAUCCUAGGAGGGAAAGUCUUCGUCGAGGCUGGGAAUUGCUGGCAAUUUGCCUGGCCUUUUUCCCUCCUUCUCCAAAGUUUCAACCUUACCUGGAUGGUUACAUGAACAGGCACAGAGAUCCAGGAUUUGACUUCCCUGAGGUUGGCAAAUGGCCAAUCCAUGUACAAAUUAGCCAUUAUGCAACGGUAAGCUGCAAAAGGCUAGAGAGGAUAGGGCAUACCGGGAAGAAAGCGCCACGUAAGCCUACAGUGGAAGAAAUAGAUCAAGCCAGGUUGCAGAUCUUUCGGCCAAGUAUGUUCGGUAAUACAAAACUUCCUUGGGUCCAAUCUACGCUCUCAGAAGAGGUGCUGAGGUUACAAGGGGCUCAAACAGAAGGCAUAUUUAGGGUGUCUGCAGAUGUGGAUGAAGUGAAUUCAUUAAAGAAUCGUCUUGACCACUGGGAGCUACCAAAUGAUAUUACAGAUGCCCAUGCUCCAGCAUCGCUGCUCAAGUUAUGGUACCGGGAGCUGUAUGAGCCACUUAUACCAGAUUCAAUGUAUGCUGAGUGUGUGAACCAUCACGGAGACCCAGAAAUGGCAGUAGCGUUGGUCCAAAGGCUUCCAGAACUAAACAGACUGGUUCUGUGCUACCUUAUUCGCUUUUUACAGAUUUUUGCCCGCACAGAAGUUGUCCAAAUAACCAAGAUGGAUGCUAAUAAUCUUGCCAUGGUAAUGGCUCCCAACUGCCUCCGUUGCAUGUCAGAGGAUCCACGUAUCAUCUUUGAGAAUGCUCGUAAGGAAAUGGCAUUCAUUCGUACACUUAUUCAAAGUCUAGAUACCAGUUUUAUGGAGGGCAUCUAUUGAAAUAUUGGCUACCAUGCAGCCACAAGAUGUUUACGUAUUGAGUAGUUUAUUGAAUCAUUAUCAUUCAUAAAUAAGUAAUCUCAUGUUUCUCAUACAUCAAAGCUUAUGUGUUAAGAAUUGUGUCUGGUAACCGCCAGUUUCUUACUAAGUCAUUAAGCUGAAAGCUAUUUUAAAUGACUUGGGAUCAGGUAGUGUCUCAUUUUCUGCCUUGUUGAUACAUGAGUUUGCCAUUCACACAGAAGAUUUAUUUGCACGUAAGGUUUGCUGGGCCCUUUACAGCUAUGGUUUCCCUAGUCAGUUAUUUUUUAAAGAGAUGUAAUAUGUAAAUUAUUUACAUAAUAUUAUGGGCCUAAUGUAAAGUCUGUUUGGACAUACAGUGAAUUUUAAUUGGAACAGGCCACUAUGAACCCACAUACACACAUGC